AAAAACCUUGUGAGUAGUGACUAUAUAUAAAUUACCUCACAUUUAUCAUAUCUAUACUACAUCUCAUAUUUGCCUAUUGUCAAAGGAAAUAAAUGGCUUUCUAUAGAGUUUCAGUGUCACUCAUAAUAUGCAUCUUAGGCUUAGUAGUCAUGCUAGAGUCAUGUAAUGGCCAAGACUCUCCUCAAGACUACCUUGCCCUUCACAACAGGGCCCGCGCCCAAGUGGGUGUCGGGCCUAUGAGGUGGGACAACACCGUAGCAGCCUAUGCGCAGAACUACGCCAACCAACUGGCUUGGGGAGACUGCAGUCUUACCCACUCCGGUGGAAGUUAUGGCGAGAACUUGGCCGGGGGAAGAGGCGGCUUCCAAUUAUCCGGGGCCGAUGCUGUGAGGAUGUGGGUGGAUGAAAAGAGCAUGUACGAUUACAACUCCAACACCUGCCUUAGUGACAACCCUUGGGCUUGCCUUCACUAUACUCAAGUGGUGUGGCGCGACUCUACUCGCCUAGGUUGUGCUAAGGUUCAUUGUAAUGUUGAAGGAAUCAUUGUUAUUUGCAACUAUGAUCCUCCUGGCAACUAUAUUGGCCAGAGACCUUAUGGUGAUCUAGCUAAAUCCACCAUCUAAUUAUCUUUCAUGCUAUAUGUGUGUGUUUCUGCUCUCUUAUUAUCCUAUUAUUGAAGUUCAUGAUAAAAUGGGAUGUGUUGCAAUAUGUACCAACUCAUAAUGUAUAAUAAAAAAGAAGUUUCAUCA